UUUUGUCUGCAGCCAGUCUCUCAUAGAUUGUCAUGCAAGAGGCUUAUGGGCUUAGCCUCGUCAGACUUCAGCUGUCGUUUGCUUGAAACACCAUCUUGAACGUAAACCAUGCGGUCACUUUCGACAUGGACGGCCCUCCUCCUGGAGCUGCUCCUCCUCGCAUCUCGCGCUGACGACGUCACUGCCCAGUUCAACAACCCUGCGGGCGUUGACAUAUGGUGUGGCAAGGCCUACCGACCAGAGAAUGCAUCUUUCAACCCUGGUGGCUGGUUCGUCGACCCAGAGACCAACAGCUCCUCGCUCAGGCUCAAGGCCAAGCCUCGCAUGAGCAUCUAUCUUGAUACGGACGCCACUGCUGCCCUCCUCGUAGACGCCGAGACGGCUUCGCAGUAUGGCGCGGACGGGCAGCAGCUGCAGGUGACCAUCUCCUCCGACGGUGUGUCUCUCGGCUCGGCAGUCCUGGACGCUGGAUCCGUCGACAACGAGGUCGCCGUCGACCUCUCUCUCCUCACCCCGAGGAUGGAUCCCUACAGCCUCGAGAUCCAGGCCACAACACUGGCCAACUCGUCAACAACGGCCUACCAGACGAGCACCAAUCUUUCCUACCUCCCUUACCCAGACUCGUACGGGAGCGUGGCCAGGCUGGACAACCUCUACGGCGGCACCCAGGCGCAGAGGGGCAAGAACAGCUCGUGGGUCGACAUCUACCCUUACACGUACUAUGUGCAGUGGAGUCUGUACUGGGACGCCAACGUGAGCACCCUGAACGACUUCUCUUCCACGUACAACAUGAUCCAUAUCGUGCCCACGGGAACCCUUCAGGAUGAACCCUUUCCGUGGGACCAGUUCCAGCCCUAUCUCGACCGGGCGGCAGAGCUGGGCAUCUGGCUGCAGUACGAUGUCCUCUGGACGCCGGACAAUCUCACCUCCAUGAUCGAGCAAGUGUCGACGUUGCGUACACAUCCAAGUAUCCUGUCCUGGUAUCAGUCUGAUGAGCCCGACGGCAAAGGCAACCCUCUUAACUCGACCGGCAUAGCCUACAAUGUUAUUAAGAGCCUCGAUCCUUACCAUCCUAUCAGUCUAGCUCUCAACUGUUAUGAUUUCUACUACGAGGACUAUGCGGCGGGAGCGGACAUCAUCACCCCAGAUGUGUAUCCCAUCUCAACAAACCUCACCUACUCAACAGUCUACGACACAGUCUGCAACGCCACUUACGGCUGCUGCGGCUGUGACGACUGCGGAACAGGCACCACCGUCUUCUCUGACAUCUCGCACCGGCUCGACGAGUUCCGCCGCCGCGACAGCCUCAUUGGCUGGGCCAAGACCCAAUGGUUCGCCCCGCAGGCCUUUGGCAACGAGACCUUCUGGACGAGGUACCCCACCGCCCCGGAGCUGGAGGUCAUGACCCUGCUGGCCGUCAACCACGGGGCCAAGGCGGUGGUCAACUGGGAUUUCCCCACGUCCUCGGAGCUGUCUGCCAUCACUAGCGACCUGGCUGCGCUAUUCAACAACACCGCAGUGACCAAAUUUCUCAUCGGCACGCCGAGGACGCAGGACUUGGUGGUCGUGGGCGGGGCCAACAUUGAUGCUGCUCUCUGGGUGGAUGAGUCGGGCGGCAAGGCUUUGGUCUCUGUGGCUAAUCUGAAUUAUUACGCUGUGACGGGCUCGGUCACGGUGAGCCUUCCCUCUGGCAUCAGUGCGUCGGGUGUCUCUGGGAAUGUCUGGGGUAACUCGACUUGGCAGGUUGGGAACGGGACUGUGGGAAUUGCUGCGGGACUGGAUGGCCUUGAGACUGCCAUAUUCGUUAUCAGUCUUGUUUGAGCAAUGGGUACCCUAAUUUGAUAUCCUUCGUGUAAUCGAAGCCUACGUAGAAUUCG